UCUCUGUUCUCUCGCCGCUCGCAACUCUUGUUGUCUCAUCUCUGUUCUCUCAGCCUCAGGCCCUCAUUCCGGCUUUUUGCCAGUCGCAGACCGCCACAACCCACCCACAAACCUGACUCUUACUCCUCCAGCAAAGACUGAAGAGAGGCUCUCACACUUCCAGUUGGCGUGCUCGCGUUCUCGAUCUGUUCUCUCGGCGAGUCAACAUCUCAGAUUGUCUAUUCUCUUACAGUCUCCUCCAGUGAAGAGAGUCUCUCACACUCCUAGUCGACAUCUCGGCUUCUCAACUCUCAGUCGCUCACUUUCAGCUCAAUCUCUGCCUCUGUCACUGUGCGAGCAUUGUGAGGAUGUUAUCUUGCCUGGUGCUAAAAUGGAUGAUAUUGAUGCCAGUAUGAAAAGGUUGCUUAACUGGAAUAACAAGUUGAAGAAUUACUGGAAAGCCUCUCCUUAUUUUCUAGAGGACACUAACUCAAAGAUCCAAAUGUCAGAGAGGCAAAGGCUAGACGUGGAAAGAUUUUCUGACUGGCAAAAGACUCUGUUUACUCGCGAUUCUCUUUCACAAGUUUUAGAGUUCAAAGAUUUCCCUAAGGAGUUGACUCAAGAUUCACCAAAUCGCCAUAUGGUAUUCUUAGGUAAAGCAAGACGUAUGUCAAAGCGGAAAAAUUUCCUGUGGAAUCCAGAGUCAGAUUUGAAGGCACUAGAUUUCUUUGAACAGCUUGAGAAAAAGGCCCAGAUAAAGGUGAAAAAGAAAAGAAAGAAGGGGAAAAUGAAGAUGAUGAUGAAAAUGCAGAAAAUGAGGAGGGCGAGGAAGAACUUAGUGAUGAUGACUAUAAUCAGAAUGAAUAUUUGGACGAUGAUGAAGAUGAUUACAAUGAUGUGGAUGAGGGGGAAGAUGAAGGCGUCUACUAAGAAUAUCUGGAAAAUGAUUUUCUGCCCCAGAUUUUGAGGAAAAUAUAUUGAACAGUGGUUUUAACCAGGCUAGUGGGCAUGCAGAUUACUGGCUCAAACGCAGGUUGGGAGAUUGUUUGAUUGGCCAGGGGCUGCAGAGGAAGUAUUGAUAGGGAAUGAUAUGGUUUUCCUCAGAAUUGCUGAUAAAAAAAAACAUAUCGCAUCAUUUGGAAUAGACCACAGAAGAGAGAGUCUAACAUUAAUUUAUAUCGCCAGCAUGUUGGAUAUAUAUUUUGGGUUACAAAUGAUUACGGCAUGAAAACAUGGAUCAUCAUGUUUUCAAAAUAUACACCAUUAAUCAGGAAUGUCUCGGCAAUCAAUUUUUUUUUUCCCCUCCUUUUUCUGAACUUCUGUUUGUUAGAGUUAAUUCAUAGUCCACGUGUACUGUCAUUAAGUUAUAUGUACAGUUCUAGCAAAUGUUCUGUUAGUGUUAGUUGUAACUGACUGUACAUGUGGAUGUAUGUUGAUGCCUAUAAACAAUACUUUGCAUGGUUCUCAAAUCA